CCGCGUUUGGUUUGACCCAGCGCUCCCGCGCACGUACGUACGCGUACCUGUCAAGUGCUUUGCAUCCGGGCCGGGCUGAAUCCGCCAAAAAACAAAGAAAAAGUGAAGAAGGCUCCCUUCCAACACGUGAACUCUACUUCAGCUACCAUUUUGCAGAUAUGCUUACUGCUGUGCGGUGUAUGCUAUCUAAGCUGAUUUCUCCAUUGUGGAGGACUGUAGAGGUGGAUGGAGAAGGCAUUUUCUCCGGUACACCAGGCAUGGAGGACAUUCGCCACCUGCGGGGCAGUGUGGUAACCCAGCUGUGCCUUGACUAUGCCAUGAUAGACGACGCAAUCUACUUCACUAGUGGAGAGGUGUUGGGCGGGGUACCUUUGAAAGAAGGAGACGUUGUAAACUGCAUAGCAGUACGAGAUGGUGCCCAAGGUGGAUGGAAAGCUUUAAGGGUGGAGAAGAAUGCAGAUGCUUGGGAGGAUGGAGGAAAAACCUCAAUAGAAGCUGACAGUAUGCAGCUGCGGCCUCUCAUUGGCACAGUCACAUCAUUUGAAAAAGAUGGUGGCUACAUAAACCAGACCACGUACUUCCCAAACUACAGUCUAUGGGAAGGUUAUGAGCCAAUGAAAGGAGACUGGGUCCAAGCUAAAUAUUUUAUCAAUCUUAGUGGAUCCCAGUGGACCACCCAGGCUCAUUCUGUGGCCCCUUUACGCUACUGCCGCCUAGACAAGGUGCGUGUGACCAGCGUGUAUGGUAAUAUUGGAGUGGUUGAGGACAAUGUGUUCUUCAGCCUGGACUCUCUGCUGCUGCCUGCCCACUACCAGCCUUUGCCAGGGCACUUGGUCAACCUGGUAAUGGUGGAGAGCAGUCAGUCCCUCUACUGUUGGAGGGCCCUGUGCAUGGCACCCUGCCUUCAAAGUGGGAAUUCGUCUGCUACGUGUCUUCCAGAGACUGAACUCCAGAGCAUUUUGGAAAACAAAGGGGGGCUGGAUGUAACAGUCUAUGGCCAGUUUGAGGAUCUGAUGAUUGGGGAGAAACGAGAGCUGGUGCUCUGGAUACAAAAUAAAGGUUCGGAGACCCACAGGCUGAAGUGCUGUGACUUUGCUGGCUGGGACUCAGAGGAACAGUUCACCCUGGUUGCUGUCAAAGGCCCACUAAGACACAAAAGACAGCCUUUGCAAGAAAACUGCUCAGAGUCUAAAAUCUGCUCGGAGUCUUCAGAAAAGCAAGUCAGUGAUGCAAAAGAGGUAGACAAAGAAAAUGGUGAGGUGCAGAAGGAUAUUACCUAUUCCCCCGGUGUAAGGAGGGAGGAAAGAGAGAUGGACAUUUCACCAGGAGAGAGGUUGUCAAUUGUAGUAGCCUGCCAAGCAAAGAGCCUGGGAAGCUGUGCUGAGCUGCUGUUGCUGCAUUUCUCCUCUUUCACCAUCGGGAGGCGCCUGGAGGUCACAGUGGGUAGUAAAGAGGAGAACCUGCUGCAGCCCUCUGAGCCCUACAGUCCCAGAGAUGCAAGUCUGGUCUCAACAAUGCCUACUCAAGUGAUCACUGUCUCUGCUCCAUUUGACGCACCCAGGCUUACCAAGCGGCGGCUGCCAACCUUCCUACCUAACUUCCCAUUGCCCCAGGCUCUCAGAGACUGUGUGGAGGCACAGAGUGACGUGCUGGUAAUUCAGCCCUGCCUAGGAGAGGAGCUGUCACCAUCCAACAUGCGUUCGCGUUUCUCAAUCCUUCUCUGGCUGGAAGAGCUGAAUGCAGAGAGGGAAAUGAAAGAAUUUUCAAUUGAAGGUGCCCUUCUCACGAAAGGGGCUGUCUACCUGCACCUAGAGGUCCUUGGGUUGGCCGACGGCAGACCCAGUCUCAGUAUAGGUGACAGAAUAGUUUUGAAGAAACCCCAGAGUGCAGGUGUGGUAAUGGAGUACGUUAGUUAUGUCACAGAGAUCAAUGAUGAGACUGUGAGUUUGAGAGUGAAUGCAGAGUUUCAGCGCAGCUACCUCGGAGAGCCACUUGAUGUUGAUUUCUCUUAUAACAGAUUGACCAUGAGGCGGUGUCACAACGCACUUGAACAGACAAAACAGUUUGUGGAGAUUCUCUUCCCCUCGAGAGUGACCAUUCAGACCCCUCAGUGGACAGGAGAGUGGAUAGAAGAGCCAGACCAAAAUAAAGAGGACAAUAAGACUCCAGCCAUGGAAAAUGGAAAGGUGUCAAGCAUUUCCAUCGACAUGAAGUCAAAGGCCACACAGACUAAAGAUGGUAGACUGGCAUCCAAACCCAUCCCCAGCCCAGGGAAAUUCUUUAACCCGGACCUGAACCCUCCUCAGAGAGAGGCAGUGAAGAGGAUCAUGGCAGGGGAGUGUCGUCCCAUUCCUUAUGUGCUGUUUGGACCUCCAGGCACUGGAAAGACCAUCACCCUCAUAGAGGUCAUACUACAGGUUUACCACUUUCUGCCCAGUAGUCGGAUACUCGUAUGCACUCCUUCCAACAGUGCUGCUGACCUCAUCUGCAUCCGCCUACAUGACAGUGGUUUCCUGCAUGCUGCAAGUAUGGCCCGUGUCAACGCAUCUUGUAGGCAGGAAGAGUCCAUCCCAGAAGUGCUAAGACUGUACUCGAGGGCGGGAGAGGACAUCCGUCAUGCCUCUUUUCACAGGAUUGUGGUCAGCACCUGCUCCAGCGCUGCCAUGUUCCAUAAUAUAGGACUACAAGUGGGACAUUUUACCCAUGUGUUUCUGGAUGAAGCCGGCCAGGCCACAGAACCAGAGUCCCUGAUCCCCAUAAGUUUUGUAUCAGAGAAAGAUGGACAGAUAGUGUUGGCCGGAGACCCCUGUCAGUUGGGUCCAAUAGUGAAGUCCAAGCUGGCUGCUGCCUUUGGCCUGGGGGUGUCUUUGUUGGAGAGGCUGAUGGCCAACCAACUGUACUCCAGACAUGACUGGGGAUACAACCCUAAUCUGGUGACUAAGCUGAUCUACAACUACCGUUCUCAUGAGGCCUUACUCACGCUGCCCUCCAAGCUCUUCUACAAAAGCGAAUUGUGUUUUAAAGCACCACGGGCCAUAGUAGACUCUCUCUGCCAGUGGAAAACCCUGCCCAAAAAAGGCUUCCCUCUCCUCUUCCAUGGAGUAAGGGGCACGGAAAUGAGGGAAGGUAACAACCCAUCAUGGUUUAACCCAGUGGAGGCUGUACAGGCCAUGCUUUACUGCUGCCAGCUGGCCAAGAAGCUCUACAACCCUGUGGAUGCCUCUGACAUUGGCAUCAUUGCCCCCUACAGGAAACAAUGUGAGAAGAUUCGAGUGCUGCUGGGUAAGGUAGGCCUGUCUGACAUCAAAGUGGGCUCUGUGGAGGAGUUCCAAGGACAAGAGUUCCUGGUCAUCAUCAUGUCUACGGUGCGCUCUAAUGAAUCGGUACAGAGUGACGAUUUGCAGAAAGCACUCGGCUUUCUGGCCAACCCCAAGCGCUUCAACGUGGCCAUCACUCGUCCCAAAGCCUUGCUCUUAAUUGUUGGAAACCCCCACAUUCUCAUCAGGGAUCCAUGCUUCAGGGCUCUACUGCAGUACUGUUUCAUCAACGGGGCAUAUCUGGGCUGUGACCCCCCUCCCUCUCUCAGAGACUCUCAGAUAGUUGCAGAAGAGCAAAGGACUGCAUAAGAGGACGAUGUAAUCAUGGAUAUGUCAGCUUCGUCAACUUGACUGUCUUAUCGUGUUCCAAGAGUUUGUUUCCCCCCUUCAUAUAUCCUUGGCUUUUUUCUCUUUUGACUGUUUGCAAAGUGAGCUGUAGCUGUCUUGAUCAGUGUUAACGGAAUUGGUAAUUUCUUGUUUCUGUGAAAGCCAAAUGCAGUUCCAUUUGGGGGGUGGAAAUAAAGAUGAUGCUUGUGUACUGCAUAAUUA